UUGUGAUUUUAAUUAUAGAUUUUAUUAUUCACAUAAGUGUCAUUUUAUGGGAAUAUCUUCACAUAAGAUCUCCAAGAAACAGAUAAAACAAGGAGGGAGUGAAUAAAAACACAGAUAUAACUCUGUCUCACAUAAAUUUGCUUGACACCGCGUGCCCGCAUACGUGCACUCCGUUUGUACAGAGAUGUCUCGCUUGUGCGCGAGCCCUGUUCUGUCCUACUGCCAUUGGUGGGGGGAAGGGGGAUGACGUCCACACUUCUGGCACGGAGCCAAAAGAGGCGGUCGCCUGACGUCAGUGCCUUCUCAUUCACAAGCACGAGCCGUGUAUAUAAAUCGUCCGGAGCACUCUUGAAGUAGAAACCACUCGGUAAAAAAGUUAGGCCUAUUAAACUUUCUAAGAAGGAACACAACAUCCGGAUACACUCAAGAAGAAGAAGACAGGACCGGCUUCGAUAAAACUUUUUUUUCCCUGACUUGUUUUGUUUUUGUCACAUAUCAAGCUACCCGGAACAAAGGACUCAGCCGCUCGAAUUACUUGGUAACUUUUGGGGGAAAAAGUUACUCUCUACAACAGCUUUUGUUUUCCUAGCUUUAUGUAUUUGGAUUUAACCUUCUACUUCAGUCGUUCUACUAUGGUCAUAAUGGAGGUCCCGACCAUCGACAGUGCGUCCCUCCGUGGCUCGUUGGAGGGCGACGUCCCGGGCUGCCUGGUGCUCGACUGCCGAUCCUUCCUCUCCUUCAACUCGUCCCACAUAUCGGGCUCCACCAACGUGCGCUUCAGCACUAUAGUCCGCAGGAGGGCCAGAGGGGGUCUGGGGCUUGAACACAUCGUCCCCAACGAGGACACGAGAAACAGGCUCCUCUCAGGGGAGUAUGAGUCUGUGGUACUGCUUGACGACCGCAGUUUGGACUUAAGCCAGGCUAAGAAAGACGGGACUCUGAUGCUGGCUGUUACGGCUCUCUGUCGCGAUCCUUGUGGAGCAAGAGUUUUUAUCCUAAAAGGUAAGCGAAAACAAGUAGUUCCCUUGUUUAAAGAGCCGAGCACAAUUGUUUGACUGUAUCUUAACAACGGGGCAACAAAUGCGGAUUACAGCUGUCACCACACCAGCUGGCUCUGGAGUAAACAAUGUUCCAAAAUAGCCCCCUGAGCAGUUGUCACCUUUUAAGAGACCCAUAUUUAAACAUGGAUAUGUCUUUGUGCUGUCCUAUUAAAUGACCACUCUUCUGUUUUUUCUUCCCUUUCCAGGUGGUUUUGACACAUUUUCCUCAGAGUAUCCUGAGAUGUGCACCAAACCUUCCCCUCCCCAAGGACUGAGUUUGCCACUGAGCUCUGGUCACCCAGGGAGCGCAGACCCAAGCUGUAGUCCAUGCAACACCCCUCUAUAUGACCAGGUUUGUAUUAUAUUGAGUUCACAGCACACACUGUUUUCUUGUUUCUGGUUUUACAUUAGGUGUUGACUGAAGUUUAUUCCCCUCUGUUUAGGGAGGUCCUGUGGAGAUCUUGCCUUUCCUGUACCUUGGCAGUGCCUACCAUGCUUCAAGAAAGGACAUGCUGGACAUGCUGGGUAUCACGGCUCUUAUCAACGUUUCUGCCAACUGCCCCAACCACUUUGAGGACUCCUUCCUGUACAAGAGCAUACCCGUCGAAGACAACCACAAAGCAGAUAUCAGCUCCUGGUUCAACGAGGCGAUCGAGUUUAUCGGUGAGCAUAAACACCUUUUUUUAUUUACAGUCUUACCCGCCAAAUGUGAGAGCCUAUCACAGCUGUCACCCCCUGAGCCAGUUGAAGAAACACAAACAACCACCCACCCCCCACUUCUCCCUUUGACUCCUGGAUUUAAAUUUUAAAAAGUUCCCUCCAAAACCGACCAGCUGGCUCUGCACAGGCUCCCUGCUUCACCACAAUGGUGGUUACAUCAUUGCCACCUUCCAGGCGGAGAAAAAGGGAUGCCCCCUCUUAAUGAGUUGCAGAGCAGAGGCUCCAAACUGGUUCUGUAGUAAAGAGGCUGGCCAGGCUUGAAUGGCUCCCCCUCCACGUCGCUCUUUGUUCUGGCCUAACAAAAGGCAAUUUCUCCUCACUCACUGUCGGCCUUCCUCCCAGAUCAAUACCCCCAGCAGGGGUCUGUACCCCUCCUUUGUCUAUUCAGACUGCCUCCAUUGGGAAUACCCCCCAAGCUCACACCCUGCACCCCUAACUCUGUUCCUGUGUUUUAAUGAGUGCUCUUGAAUUUAAACAGCAGUGGAAAGUGUUGCAGACUUUUGUGGUUUGGGCUUCCUGUGACAGGCGGAGUGUUAGCUACACCUUUUGAAAAAACAACCCAUCAUGUGAUAGAUGUUUACAGAGUUGUAAUGUUUGUUUUCCUUCUCUCUCCCUUCCAGAUUCUGUAAGAAACAAAGGAGGCCGAGUGUUUGUGCACUGUCAAGCCGGCAUCUCGCGCUCUGCCACAAUUUGCCUCGCCUACCUCAUGAGGACGAACCGGGUGAAGCUCGACGAGGCCUUUGAGUUUGUUAAGCAGCGCCGCAGCAUCAUCUCCCCAAACUUCAGCUUCAUGGGUCAGCUGCUCCAGUUUGAGUCCCAGGUUCUGGCUUCAUCGACCUGCUCUUCAGAAGCAGGGAGCCCGGCCAUCGGCAACAGCAGCACAGUCUUUAACUUCCCUGUCUCUAUCCCUGUACACACCUCUGCCGGUCAGCUCUCGUUCCUCCACAGUCCCAUCACCACAUCUCCUAGCUGCUGAGAAAGGAGAGGCCAGCACAGACAUUUUAUGAACUUGAACUGACACAAAACCAAACUUUGAUCAUGACCUGUUCAGUGGUGAUACUGGUAUCACCAGACAGCACAGAAGAAGCUAUCAUUUGAGUCAGUUUAUUUGACUCUGCCAGUCAAGUUUCUGUGUAUAUGGGUGUCAUCAUUUCAAAGGGAGAUUGAAGCUACCAUGAGGCAGUAUUCUACUUUUACCUCCUAAAUGUGAAAUCAUCCAGUCAAUCCUAGGUGGCUUUAUGAAUGGCUGAAAGAAGAUGAGGUUAUUCAAGUAGAGGAAGUCUGAAGUACCUGAAUAUUCUUUAUUCAUUUUUUUUUUUUUCAAUGAAGGCAACUGCUGUUGAUAAUCAGAAUCAUUUUGAAGAAAACAAAGAGCAGAGGGCUAACAGUUGUCUCAGGAAAGUUAACUAACCCCCUCUACUUUGUUCAAGAAAGCAAUCUGUGGCGUGGAUGUUGCUACUUCAUGUGACGAACAAUGAAUGUAUCCCCGUGUUUUUAGAGCAGAGGUGGCAGAGAUCUUCUUGUUCAGUUUGAGAGUUGAAUGGGUUGCCAAAUCAGAUGCAAAAGCCUGCCUUUCAAAAUGUCAUGAAACCUUGACGAUCCUGACGCUUUGGGGAAACGGACCAUUAAAUACCUCAUGUUUCUGUACUGUGUGCUGCAGCACUGACAUAACACAACCCCGACAACUAAAAAAAGGGGUGAUGUGGUCUUCAGCGGCUGCAUCCUGACAUAUUUAUUGAACUAAAGUAAUAUAUUUCUUUAUCAUAUCUAUUUUUGCAUAUGUUUGUUCGUAUGUUGUUUUUAUACUGAUGAAUAAAUCAUUUGACUUUUUAUAAACACUCAAA